AUGAUGUUUUCCAGGUUCUUAACGGGCGUCAAAGCUGUUGCUCCCUGCGGCGGCGAUUGGGCCAACCGACUUGGGCCUGUUGUGAUAUUUGGCUACGAGGCGGGGGCAUUAAACAGCUCGAUGCUUUUCAACUACUUCUGUCAAUCCCUCGUGGACUGUGAUCACUACGCGGAGCUUUGUUUUCACGAUAACGGGCCCAUCGAAUGCCCCCCUGAAACAGUGAUGUUUAUGCCAAUAUUAAAGUGCAGGCAUAUGCUGGAGAGCUCAGGUGCGACGGCCACCCCAACCAGCGAUGAGUGGUACAUGGGCGCUCUCAAGGCGACCACGGAAUUAUUGGAAAAGGGGUAUGUCCCGGCCAGCGUGGGAGGAGAGACAGAUCUGCCACACUGCCAAUGGUAG